AUGGUGGCUGAAGCUUGUCCUCGGCAAGAGGAUGUUGGCAAUGCUGACGUCUGCCAGGGUGAGCUGCCGCGAGAGAUGGUGGCUGAAGCUUGUCCUCAGCAAGAGGAUGUUGGCAAUGCUGGCGUCUACCAGGGUGAGCUGCCGCGAGAGAUGGUGGCUGAAUCUUGUCCUCGGCAAGAGGAUGUUGGCAAUGCUGCCUGGCCCCAGGGCGUCUACCAGGGUGAGCUGCCGCGAGAGAUGGUGGCUGAAGCUUGUCCUCGGCAAGAGGAUGUUGGCAAUGCUGCCUGGCCCCAGGGCUAUGAGGCCAUGGAUCCAGCAGCGGCGUACUACCCUUCCGACACGUACCCGACAGACAUGUCGUCGCAGGCGUUCGACUACAAUUCGCAGGCUCUGGAUUGGGAGCGGCCGCCCCUGGCACAGGACCGGGAGGAGAUGUCAGAGCAGCUGGCGUCCACUCUGCGGCGAGUCGGCUUCGACGAGGAUCCAAGCCCGUUGGCAUCCGAGCAAGUGGCUGGGGCUCUGAGUGGAGCAGUCGUGAGGGACGCAACUCCAAGUCCUACUCGAGAAUGGCAACCAUCUGCUCCUGCCGGCACGGCCCUUGCGCGUACCGCUGCGGCAGGCACCAAAGUUGCCAAGAAGCUCAAUAACAUGAAGAAACAGAAGCUGCCGGGAGACCAUCAGAUGCGCAUGAACCCUCUGCCGACCGUCGACUCCUUCGACCCACCUGUGCAGCGUGCUCCUCAAGCCAUCGAGGCCUCAUCGUGGUGCUGCUGGUGCAACUGCGCUCGCUUGAAAAUGGGGUGA